AAAAGGAAGCACUCCGCCCAGAACCAGUCACCAAGGUUUUUAUGGCUUCCUUCGGAGAAACUGGAAGCGAAGGUUGAAUUGAAACACGGACAUUUAGUGUUCCUUUUUCACAAGAGGUGGCAGCAAACUGAACAAUAGGCUGUCGUCGUUAGGCGCCGGAAUAAGCAAAGGAAAACGUUUUAUUCCCCCGUAGGGUGUCUAAAAAUAAACUUAAACUCAAACAGGAUGACCGGGAUGUUUCAAAGUUUGGACUUGUUCUUUUUAAGCUGCCUCAUUCUAACCGUUGAAUCCCAACAAGGCCAAAUCUCACCUCCACAAAAUGUCUCCCUAAGAUGGAUGAAUGAUUUUGAAAUAGAGUUGUCCUGGGCACCACCACAGCAUCCAAUGGAAAACUGCAAAUAUAUUGUUACUGCAGAAACCAAGGAGAGAUACAGCAAAGAGAAAAAUACAUUGAAUACCAGUCCCUGGCUGUUGGACAUCGUGAUGGAAGGAGGAUUUCUGAAUUUGACUGUUAACCGUGAUUGUAAUGGCACAAGUAGUGAGAAGGUUAUCAUACAAACCAAUUACACAGAGCUGGUGAGCGAUUUGCAGUGCUUCAUCCAUUCCGACAGACAAACUCGCUGCUCAUGGCGCCCGGCCAGUAAUGCUUCGGAUCUCAAGUUUUUCUAUCUGUUGAUAUCUAGGGCAGGUGUGAGUAGCAUACAAGAGUGCUCAUCGUACCGUUACACUGACGGCAUCAGGAUGGAUUGUGAUCUGGAGGCGGAUGUCCGCCAGUUGAUCCACAUCUUGUUCAAUGGAACGGUUAACAACACGCGUACCAGGAACACUUUUGAGAAAAAGCCUUCGCAGGAUGUGAGACCUCCUGCCCUUAAGUGGAAUGUCAUAAAAAAAGGGGAUAGAUUCAAUAUCAGCUGGACUCCUCCUAACAUCAGAGUUCCUUGGACGUAUAAUAUUACAUACAUUGAGUGUAAUGAAACAAAGUAUAAAGAGGCUGAGGAUGGGAAAACAUCAACUGUGUUGGACCUGGUCCCUCAAUGUCCGUACCGUAUAAAUAUAAGAGCAGAGAACAAAUAUGGAAAUUCACCAUGGAGUAAUGAGAUGUCUUUUGAUGCAGAUACAGAUCCUGAAGUGUGGCUUUAUGCUGCCAUUGUCAUCCCAUUGAUGUUUGCUGGCCUGGCAGUCCUGACUUUUAUGUGUUGCAAGAAGAAUAAGAAAUAUAUUUUCCCCAAAGUACCAGAACCUCUGGACCUCCUCAGCGAUAUUUCAGACAACAACAAUAAGAGCUUUGUUCACAACAUGUACGUCCCCGCAGAGGAGGAAGAGAACUUUAAAAUCACUCUGGUGACAGAUCCCCAAAUCAACUUUGAGGAGACUUAACUGUUUACCUGAUGAAUCCAGGAGACUAGCCAAGUGCAUCAAGGGAUAUGUCAACUCAAACUGCCAUUGAACGAAAGAACUGAGGCAACUACUGCAUUCCUGUGCAUUGUUGUUACCGAACUGAUGCAGCUGAAAUCCAACUUCACGGGGCUUACUCACCGUGAAGUGAUGCAGAAGUGAAUUACACUGAAUGACUUGGAACUAAAGGUCCACCAUAUUAAGCUGAAUUCCUUGAAACUUGGUUGAAGGGUGUAGCAUGGUCCAAUGAAUAACCCUUUCAAUUUUGGAGCGGAGCCAAAUCACCGAAGGAUUAUUGCUUGUUUGAUAUCUGUUUGAAUUCACAUUGACAUCAAUACUACAGGUCUGUAAUUCUUAUGUGCUGUGGUAUCUGGCACCAAGACGUUAGCAGAUCCUUUAAGUCCUGUAACUUGCGAGGUGGGGCCUCCAUGGAUUGGACUUGUUUAUCCAGCCCAUCUCACAGAUGCUCGAUUCGGAUUGAGAUCUGGGGACACACGCACCCGGCCAUCCACAUGAUGUAAAAGAAAAUGUGAUUCGUCAGACCAGGCCACCUUCUUCCAUUGCUCCGUGGUCCAGUUCUGAUGCUCACGUGCCCAUUGUAGGCGCUUUUGGCGGUGGACAGGGGUCAGCAUGGGCACCUUGCGGCUACGCAGCCCCAUGCGCAACAAACUGCGAUGCACUGUGUGUUCUGACACCUUUCUAACAGAAUGUGAAGAACAAUAGUUGCACACUGAACCCUGCUGAUGUACUUGCUGGAUCUGAGCUGGUCUGUGAUGGUUGCAUAGCCCAAGUUAAUGUUUUUUAUUUUUCAAAUGAUUUCCUUUAUUUCUGCACUCGUGUACAAAUGCUGAUGUAUGAAUAUUGGUAGUGUACAGUUUGAAAUGGCAUAAAGGUGUAAUGUUUUGCUGGGUUUUACA